CUAUUACUCUGCUGUUUUUUUCUUUGUUUUUUUUUUUUCACCUUCGGGUUCGUGCGAACCCAGGCACGGGGUUCGUCGCCGAACCAAGGAGCUGGGUUUGCUUGGGUUCGUCUCGAAACCCAGGGGAAGGGUUUGCGACGAAUCUGCACCUGGUUCGAGACGAACCAAGCUCCUGGAUUCGUCUCGAACCCAGCUCUUGAGUUCCGCAAUGAACCCCGUGCCUAGGUUCAUCUCGGAACCCAGGGGAGGGGUUUGCGAUGAACCCGCGCCUGGUUCGAGACGAACCAAGCUCCCGAGUUUGUCUCAGAGCCCAGGUGUUGGGUUAGUCGUGAACCCAGGUACUGGCUUCGUCUCGGAACCCAAGCGCAAGGUUCGCCGCAAACCUAGCUCCUGGGUUCUUCUUUGAACGGAAGCUGAGGGGAUUUUCGGUUUAGGGGGAAAGAAAAUGAGGAAGAAUACGGUAAGUAUUUUCGGUUUGUUUCUUUGAUUGGAUGAGGAAUAAUAUAGUUAAGUAUUUUUGGUUUGUUUCUGUGAUUGGAUGAGUAUUUUAUAUUUGUUUCUGUGAUUGGAUGAGGAAGAAGAAACAAAUGUGCUUGGGGCUGGUUGGUUUGAUGUUAUAAAUUGAUCCUUUAUAU